UAAAUUUGACACACCACCUAAUGUAGAAACAUUCACUCAAAAACUUCCUUCUGAUUUUUCUCACUGUCAUAAUAUGGAGAUUCUGCUCUUUCAUUUCAACUUAAUUCCUAUGUUGUUUUUCUUCUUUCUUCUCUUUAUUGUUGUUAGAAAACGGAAAAAUAUGAUAACUAAUGGUAAUCAAAUAUUAUUACCACCAGGUCCAUGGAAAUUGCCUCUUACUGGAAGUUUGCAUCACCUUAUUGGAGAACUUCCACAUCAUGCUCUUAGAAAUUUAGCUAGAAAAUAUGGGCCACUGAUGCACUUGCAGCUAGGUGAAGUUCAUGCAGUUGUUGUAUCAUCUCCUCAUUUGGCAAAACAAUUUCUAAAAGUUCAUGACCAUUCUUUUGCAACAAGGCCAGAGCUUAUGGCUUCUGAUAUAAUCUUUUAUCGUCAAAAGGACAUUGCAUUUGCAAAAUAUGGCGAUUACUGGAAACAUAUGCGUAAAAUAUGCAUUUCAGAGUUACUCAGUGCAAAGAUGGUCAAGUCAUUUAGUCUAAUUCGACAAGAUGAGGUUCAUAAUCUCGUUACAUCAAUACGUUCCACGCCAAAUGCUGUGGUUAACAUGACUGAAAAGGCUCUUCGACUUACCAGCUCGGUGAUUUGUAGAUCAGCUUUUGGGAAAAUAUGGGAAGAUAGAGAUAAUUUGUUAAUGAUUAUGAGUGACGUAGUAUCCUUAUCAGGUGGGUUUGAUGUGGCCGAUCUCUUUCCUUCGUGGAUAUUACUUCAUGAAAUCAGCGGAAUGAGAAACAGAUUGAUGAGUAUGCAUAAAAAGAUUGAUGUAAUAUUGGAGAACAUUAUUAAUGAACAUAAAGAUAAUCAAGCAAAUGGGAAGAAGGGCAAUGGUGAGUUUGGAGGUGAAGAUCUGAUCGAUGUUUUACUCAGAGUUAUGGAGAAUCUCGAACAUCAGUAUCCAAUGACAAAUGACAAUAUCAAAGCAGUCAUUCUUGACAUGUUCUUCGGGGGAACAGAAACUUCAUCUACGAUGAUACAAUGGGCGUUCUCAGAAUUAAUGAAGAAUCCAAAUGUCAUGGCCAAAGCACAAGAGGAAGUGAGAAAGACCUGUAAAGGGAAGAAAGAUUUGGAUGACAAUGAUCUCGAAGAGUUGAAGUAUCUGAAGUUAGUGAUUAAAGAAACACUACGGUUACACCCUGCAUCUCCUCUUUUAGGCCUUAGAGAAUGCAGGAAGGAAACAGAAAUUGAUGGAUACACCAUCCCUCUUAAAGCCACAGUAAUAGUUAAUGGUUGGGCCAUUGGAAGAGAUCCUGAAAGUUGGGACGACCCUGAAAAUUUCGUGCCAGAAAGAUUUGAAAACAGUUCUGUGGAUUUUAAUGGAAAUCAUUUUCAACUUAUUCCAUUUGGUGCUGGAAGCAGGAUGUGUCCAGGAAUGCAUUUCGGUUUGGCUAAUGUUGUGUAUCCGCUAGCACAGUUGCUUUACCACUUCAAUUGGGACCUUCCUUAUGGACUACAACCUGAUGACCUGGAUAUGACUGAAACAUGUGGAAUAUCUGCAUCUAGGAAAAAUCAUCUUCACUUGAUUGCCAUUCCACAUGAUUUGUCACAACAUUGAUACAAUACCUACAUAUUGUUUUCAAUGCUUUAUGUUAACUGUCAUGCUUUGUUCUGUUUCUUUGGAUGAAUAAAUGAAGCAGUUCGCUCAUAAAA